CAUGGAAAAUCCCAUAUUUUUUUCUGCUUUUGACGCUCGAUUGCUUUCUUUUCAAACAAACAAUCACUCACUGCAACUAUGCCGCCGCAUGAGAUAUCGCCUGUGCUGUGUUCGAUGAAUUUUGCCGAUAACUUCUGGGGACGAGAACAAAAAGGCGUAAAAACCCUACUCGCACGAAUGAGACAUGCCAAAGAGACCUGUGAAGACGUUCGCCAUAUGUAUGAAGCAAGAGCGCUUGCUGCGGAGGAGUAUAGUAGAAAGCUUCAGCGAAUCCAAAAAAGUAAAGUAGCCAAAGACGAUACAGGAAACGUUAAAAAGUCGUUACAAUCCGCCCAGGAAGACGCUCAGACCGAAGCACAACACUUCCAACAACUGGCUCAAACCAUACGAGUUGAGCUAGGGGUUCCACUAGCCGAAUUCGUCACCAAACAGCGUGAAGCUCGCAAGCUGAUUCAAAAGGCUGUCCAGGAUGUCUACAAUCAGAGACAACUGCAGAUACAUUAUGUAUUGCGGGCGAGAGACAAGUACAACAAUGAAUGCAUGCGUAUUAAGACGCUGAGAGAAGACAAAGAAAAUCAAAAGGCUGCACUCGCUCGUGCUGCUGCUUCUGCAAAGACACUUUACGCAGAGUAUGAGUCAUCUCUAGCUGCAGCACAAGAAAGCAUACAGUUAUGGAAUCGAGAAUGGCAAGCUAGCUGUGAGAAAUUUCAAAACUUGGAAGAAGAACGUAUCAAUUUUUUACGAGAAAGCCUUUCGCAAUUUGCAUACCUUCAAAUGACCUAUGCACAAAGUCAAGUGUCUAGGUGGGAGAGCCUUUUGACAUCGGUCAAUGGCUGGGAUUGUAGAGACGAGCUUAAUACUUACGUGAGUGAUCAUGGUACCGGUCGUGAUAUACCAGAGGUCAUGGACUAUAUGAUCCUGUAUGAACAACAGGAAAGUGAUAAAUCAGCUGCUACAAAUGCGAGUGAGAAAGACGUAAGCCCUCCGUCGCCAAUAUUAUCUCGACAGGGUUCAAUCACCGAAGGCUCAAUGCGCUCGACGAUGAUCCCCGUUGCUGUCAAAAUGGAAACACCGCCAAAGGAAAACAACAUACAAAUGGAAGAUGUUAACGAACAGCGUCAAAUGCCAUCGCCACAAGUAGCCCCUUCUCCAAUGAGUAAUGAAGUAUUUGCUAAAGAGACGCAUGGUCGAGUCACGGUUUCGGAUAAGCAGUCAGAAAGACGACGAGAUUCUGUCCGUAGAUCUAUGCCAGUUAGCAAUUUGGAAAAAUCACAAGGUUCCUUUCAACAAGGUUAUCAAAAUGGAAUCAAUAGACGUGCCUCGGUAUUGGAAAUUCACCACACUACACCUGCAAACGCUACGGAUAACAACCACAGGGUUUCACAGAACAUGAAUGUCCAGCAAGAGCUUCACCAGCAACAUCAGCGUAAUCAGCAGCAAGAGGUGCGAAGUCAGAAAGAGGAACGUAGUCCAUUGGUUAGAGUGUCCAGCAGCAGACCUAUUAAGGUUGACUUGAAGGAUGUCCGUGGCUCACUUAACAGAAAUCCCUCAUUUGCAACCGUCAGCUCAACUGAUAGCAAGUCAUCCGCUAAAGCACAUAGUUCUUUGGAGAACAUAUUGCAACGAUUCGAAACGGGUCAAAUUGGAAGGGGUACAAACAGAAUACGAGAUACACUCAAAGAGCGAGCUGCCAGCAGACGGCCAGCUCUUGGGACGUGGCAGUCUGGAAAGAGUGGAGCUAAUCAAGCCGAUCGACAUGUAUCCCUACGAGAAAUCACUUCAAGAUCAAUGCAGUCACCGACCUUUUCUGCUACCUCAAUCGACUCAAGUGCAUCCAUGGCAGCCAUGGAUGAUUACAAUGGUAGAUACAGUCGACAAGGCACUCCAAAGAUGAUACCUCAACAAAAAAUUAUAGAGGAGCCACAGUAUGAAAACGAUGACCCAUACGGAGCCAUAACAGGUGUAGGUCGUCCAUCGCAAGAAGAUCAUAGCCAUGAUAGUAACCAAACCAUAGGCUCUGACGAAGACGAAAAUCCACACACAGAUCUUGAAUCCCAAUUGGAUGACAUGAUAUCGCUGCUCAAUGAUGGAAUUGACUAUCAACUGGAAUUGGCAAAGGAAGACUCUCCAGAGCUUUCCCCAAAAGCACAGCCUUCGAUCCAAAACGACCGUGCCAUUAUGUGGGUGCAAGCACUCUUUGACUAUGAAGCAGAAGAUGACGAAGAGCUUACAUUUACCACUGGUGACUUGAUCGCUGUUGUCGAUACAGGGGAUGGCGACUGGUGGCAUGGUGAAUUGUGGGAUACUGAGACCAACAGCUGCAUGGCCUCAGGCACGGUUCCUAGCAAUUAUGUUGAGGAAGUGGAUGUCGCAUAAAUGGAACCGGUUCCCCCGCCCAGCCUAAAUACUCAUUCACUUGUUUCAAUCCUGUACAGCCAGCAUUAAUUUCAUGUCCAUCUUUUGUUGUCGUUUUUUAUUGCAAAAUACAUCUGUUUUUAUCAUUGGUACUUUUAUUUUCUUGACGUGAUGGAUUCCUUUAUUAAAUCUUGUCUUUAUUCUCAAGUUUGUGAAGUUGGAGUAUACAUAAAACUUGUACAAAAAGUCAUUCAUAGCUAGGUUUCCUGACUUCUUUUUAGCAUUUGUAGGAUUAAACAUCAGAG